CUGCAAUAAUACGAUAAAAAAUGAUAUUAUUACUGAUAAAUGAUAAUAAAGAGAUAUAUGUUCUAAAUCUCUCUUUUUUACAGGGGUAUCAAGAAGGAAAUUCUGGAAUAUCAGCACUUUCAGUUUGGAUAGGAAAAGGGUUCCUUAAAGUUCUCCAUGCUGAUCCGAACAGUAAAAUGAAUUUGGUGCCAGUAGACAUCGUUGCAAAUGUACAUCUACUAGCAGCGUGCUGCGCAGGAACGAAAAGAUGCGCGUCUCCAAUGAUAUUUAACUGUACAUCCACAGAAAAGUUUAAUAUUAAAAUAAAAGAAUAUGUAGAUUUUAUUGUACAGUUAUUUGGCAAAUAUCCAGUUCCACAAGCAUUUUCGGAGUGCAAGAAAUGCAUUUGUUUGCCUAGAAAAUACGCCUUCUAUAUAGGCAGAAUAUACCAUCACUAUCUUCCUGCGAUUGUCAUAGAUGCGAUACUAAGGCUUUUUGGAAAAAAAGCAAGGGUAUAUUCUUCCUACCGUUUCUUUGAUCAAGUGAUGAGCGCUUUGCACUUCUUUACGUCCCACACAUUUUAUUAUGAGAAGAAUAAUAUGGCAUGUCUUAAUAAAUUGAUUCAUCCUGAAGAUAGAAAGAAUCUGGAAUUAGAUUUCGAAAAUACAACUUUCCAAGAUUUGGCAUUACAUUAUCCAGAAGCCUCUCCAUUUUAUGAUUGGAAAAUUGAUUCGAACACUCCUUCGGAAAGACAAAAAAUUAAAUACCGGCGUCAUAUGACAAUUAUUUUCAUUCAAGCAGUUUUCAUGCUCAUCUUCUGCGCAUUUAUCAGCUGGAUUAUUUCCAAGAUCGUUGGCUAGUUUAAUGAAUGCAAUUUGAUUUGUUGUCAUUACACUAUAUAAUAUUAUCAGAGUGAUGGAAAAUUCUUGUUUGAUGUAGUGUUGUAUUUCUUACAAUAUAAAUUGAGAAAUUUGCGUUUCCCAAUAAACUAAUUUAUUUCAUUAAUCAAAUUUAAAUACAAUAAUAAAUUGGAAGUUCUAAAUCAUUAUUUUUUAUGUAAAUGUAUAGAAAAUACCAUAAUAGACUUCCAAUGGAUAUUUUAAAAUGGAACUUUAAAAUGAAACAUUUUAUAAAUAAUAAAAUUCUAAAUUUUGAA